GGUACUUUCAAGCAAGAGCUCGAAGCCGCCAUGGAGGGACAGAAACCCUACAAAAACCCUGAACCUUCCCUUCGCUCUUCUCCCUCCUCCGUCUGUGGGGUCGCUCAAAUACAGAUCAAUGCGACCCCUUUCUAUGUCUUUCCUUGCUCAAUUCAAAGCCGCGGCUCGUCAAUCUCAACCGUAUUAGGGUUUGAAAUCUAGCUGUUGCUACGCUACACUUGUACAUUUCUUCCUUCUUUCUAGUUCUUCUCUGCAGUUAGGGUUUUACAUAGGGAAAGCGAAUAACAGUAACCAUGGUAAGAGGUUGUGGUGGCGUCGGUGGCGGUGCCGCAGCUACCGCGGCGCUCUUCUCAGCCGUAGCCUCCGCAGCAUGGCGCGUUGAUCAUGCCUAUGCCGAAGGGCCUUUCAACUUUCCUCCAUUCUCUUCUUCUUCUUCUUCGUCUUUGCCGCCGGCUCAGUCUUCUUCCGUACCUCCUCAAGCUUCUUCGCAAUCUCCUCCGACGCCUCGUCAACAAGCGGCUGCCAAUGCCGAGUCUCCUCGGCCUCGCAACGAUAACCCACGAACUACUUCUGCUGGAUUCGAUCCCGAAGCGCUUGAGAGGGGUGCAAAGGCCUUGCGAGAGAUCAGCAACUCUUCCCAGGCGAAAAAGGUGUUCGAGGUGCUGAGAAAACAAGAAGAAACGAGGCAGAAUGAAUUGGCUGCAAAAGCGGCGGAGUUUAAAGCCAUGCAAGCUCAAAAUGAAACUGAGAGGCAAAAGGUAAUCUAUGAAGAACAGAAGAAGCUGGCCCAGCAACAGGCACAAAUAAAAUCCCAGAUGGCUCGCUAUGAGGAUGAACUAGCAAGGAAGAGGAUGCAGGCGGAAAAUGAGCAUCACAGAGCAAGAAACCAGGAGCUUGUAAAAAUGCAAGAAGAAUCAGCUAUUAGGCAAGAACAAGCCAGAAGAGCAACAGAAGAACAGAUUCAAGCUCAGCGUAGGCAAACAGAAAGGGAGAAAGCUGAGAUUGAACGUGAAACAAUAAGAGUUAAGGCCAUGGCAGAAGCAGAAGGGAGGGCUCACGAAGCAAAGCUUGCUGAAGAGGUAAACAAGCGCAUGCUAGUAGAGCGUGCAAAUGCAGAGAGAGAGAAAUGGGUUGCUGCCAUAAAUACAACUUUUGAUCAUAUUGGAGGGGGUUUGCGGGCCAUAUUAACUGAUCAAAACAAGCUGGUUGUGGCUGUUGGGGGAGUGACAGCUCUUGCAGCUGGGGUCUACACAACAAGAGAAGGAGCCAGAGUCCUUUGGAGCUAUGUGGACAGAAUAUUAGGACAACCAUCUCUGAUCAGAGAGUCCUCUAGAGGGAAAUAUCCUUGGUCAGGAUUGUUUUCUCGUGGUACGAGCAUUCUAUCUCGUAAAACAGAUAAAGUGCCUAGCUCUAGUAAUGGGAAUGGAUUUGGUGAUGUGAUCCUAAACCCCUCUCUUCAAAAAAGAAUUCAUCAGCUAGCUAGUGCAACUGCCAAUACAAAAUCCCAUCAGGCACCAUUUAGGAACAUGCUCUUCUAUGGUCCUCCAGGAACGGGGAAAACAAUGGCUGCUAGAGAGCUUGCACGCAAAUCUGGGCUAGAUUAUGCAUUAAUGACUGGUGGAGAUGUUGCACCACUGGGUCCACAAGCUGUUACUAAGAUACACCAGUUGUUCGAUUGGGCCAAGAAGUCAAAGAAAGGUUUAUUGCUUUUCAUUGAUGAAGCAGAUGCAUUUUUAUGCGAGCGAAACAAAACCUAUAUGAGUGAAGCUCAAAGGAGUGCACUCAAUGCCCUCCUUUUCCGCACAGGUGACCAGUCCAAGGACAUAGUUCUCGCUCUUGCUACAAACCGCCCUGGCGAUCUUGAUUCAGCCGUAGCUGAUCGUGUUGAUGAAGUCCUUGAGUUCCCCUUGCCUGGUGAAGACGAACGCUUCAGGCUGCUGAAACUCUAUUUGGACAAAUACAUAGCUCAGGCCGGGGCAAGAAGACCGGGCUUGUUUUCCCAUUUCUUUCGCAAGCAACAGCAGAAGAUAGAGAUCAAGGGCUUGACUGAUGAGAUUCUAAAGGAAGCUGCAGCUAAGACCGAAGGAUUCUCUGGAAGAGAGAUAGCAAAGCUGAUGGCAGGCGUUCAAGCUGCCGUCUAUGGGAGUGAGAACUGCAUACUUGAUCCAACCUUGUUCCGCGAAGUAGUGGACUAUAAAGUUGCGGAGCAUCAGCAGAGAAAGAAACUGGCUGCUGCGGAUUAAAGUCGUACCUGAUGGCAGUGGCAUUGAUAUGCCUACUGCAGGAGCACUUUUGCCUGCAUUUUGCCAAUUGAUUGAGAACAAGGUGGUGAGUAGAGAGUAGCUGUAGUCAGUUAUUGGUCGUUUUGACUGUUAAAAGAGUAACACAUUCAGUCAUUUAUUUGCCCUUGACGAGGGAGUUUUGGUCUGUCUACCAUAGGUUGUAUUCAACUUUACAGGUGAUGAUAGUUAUGAUGAAUUCAUGGAUCAUUUCUACGUUUGUU